AUGGCGACUCCGCCUCCCGAUCGGGAGGGCGUUCCUUUCAAGGAGGAGAAGCCUCAAUUGCCUCCCUCCCCCGUUGCUUUCUCUGCGACCGGUGGAAAGGCUUUGAGCGCUCAAAGUGAAACCAACGUGGACAACCUCACUACCACUGAAAGUAACGGUGGAACCGGUGAAAUUAACGCCGCCGUGAAAGUUAAUGGAGAAAGCAAUGGCGCCACCAAUGGCGACAUGAAUGGUCACACUAUACCUCCACCUCCGAUUACCAACGACUCUCAUCCUUCUCCUACUACCAUGCGACCUAUUUCACCGACCGAUGUCAACAAAUCAACUGAGCCCAUUCAGGAAGAUACAUCACUAAAUUUUGACGUACAGAUCCAGGCCAAUGGAGCGCAAGUUGUAGGAGACGAUAAAAAAGAAAAGAUUGAGGGGAAGACUACAACCCCUAGUCAGCAACCCAUUGAGAAGUCAGUUGAAAGAAAUGAAUCAACCGAGCCCGCAAAAGAUGUGCUGCCUGCUUCCUUGGCUGAUUCAAUUGAUGAUCCAAUGUCCUUGGAUAGUCCCCAGGACGCUCCUCAGGACUCACUCAAGCUUGCGCGCGAGCCAAUUGAACCCAUUGACCGGUCAACCCCCACCCUCUUACUUCGUCCCGCACACCCUCUGACAGACGAGGUGAUGGAUGAUGUCCCUGACGUACCCAUGUCUCCCACAAAGGUCUCCCGAGAGCGAGAGUCUGACCCUGAAGAGGAGUCGUCAUCUAAGCGCUUGAAGAUUGAUGGAUCAAAAGGCGGGUCAGCUGAAGUUACUCGGGUCUCUUCCGACCCACUUCUUGAGCCUAUCAGCAAAAUGCAGCACAAACAUCUCACCAAGUUACUUCACAACAUAAAGCGCAAGAAUGAUGCCCGCUUCUACCGUGAGCCCGUGGAUCCGGUCAAACUUGCAAUUCCGCAUUAUUUCAACAUCAUUACGCAACCUAUGGAUCUCGGCACCAUGGAAAAGAAGCUCAAAGGCGAGCAAUAUUCAUCUUCCCAAGCAUUGAUUGAUGACUUCAAUGUGAUGGUUCAAAACUCAAUGACUUUCAACGGACCAACUCACGUUGUCGCUCUGGAAGGGGGGAGACUGAGAAGCGACUUCCUUAGACAGAUGAAGACCCUCCCGGGACCACAUGAGGUUGAGGCGCAAAAGGCGAAGAAGGUUAAAGAAAAGGCCCAGGCUCCUCGCCGCGAGCCCCGGACUUCCACUGGUGGUCAAACUGCCAAGGCUGCUUCACCGCAGAACACCACGUUUGCUUUGGGCCCGGAAGGCUUGCCUGUGAUCCGUCGUGACUCUUCAAACCCAGAUGGACGUCCGAAACGCUCAAUCCACCCUCCAAAGAGAGACCUCCCCUACUCUACCAAGCCCAAGAAGAAGAAGUUCUUCUGGGAACUCGAGUUUUGUUCAGAAGUCAUCGCGGAAUUGAAAAAGCCCAAGAACUCCUACAUUGCCAGUCCUUUCUACUUCCCUGUGGACCCCGUCGCGCUCAACAUACCGACCUAUCACUCCGUGAUCAAGAAGCCCAUGGAUAUUCAGACUAUCGAAAGUAAACACAAGACUGGCCAGUACGAAAAUGCCAAAGAAUUUGAGUCGGAUGUGCGCCUCAUGUUCAAGAAUUGCUACCGGUUCAACAUUCCUGGUGACCCGACGUAUGCCGCUGGUCAGAGUCUGGAAGGUCUGUUUGACAUGAAAUGGAAGCAAAAGGAGGAUUACCUGCUCAAACAUCAGCCACGCCCUGACCUGCACAGCGAUUCAUCUGAUGAGGAAAGUGAUGAAGAUGGUGAGGAGAGCAAUGAGGAUGACGAGCAGCUUACCAUGCUGCAGAAGCAGAUUGCCGAGAUGUCUCGCCAAAUGGAAUUGAUUAGCCAAAAGAAGAAAAAGACCCCACCCACCAAGAAGACCAGCAAGUCUAAGACUGGUAAAAAAGAACACAAGAAGAGCACCGGCAAGAAGGACAAGAAGAGUGGCAAGGGCGAAAAGCAUCGUUACAUCACCUACCAUGAAAAGCAGGUCAUCUCCAAUGGCAUUAGUAGCCUUCCCGACAAGAAGAUGCAGGAGGCACUUCAGAUCAUCGAGCAAAAUGUUCCUUCUAUCAAGGCGGGCACUCAAGAGGCUGAGAUCGAAUUGGAUAUUGACGAACUGCCCGAUAAUGUGCUUGCGUUGCUGCUCGCUUUCGUGAAGAAGCACGGCCCGGCCACGGAGCCAGAGGAAUACAAACACUCUUCCACCAUGCCCACCUCCAAGACCAAGAAGAACAAGCCUAUGAGCAAGUUCGAGCAGGAGGCACAGAUCAACAUGCUGGAGAGCAACCUUUCCCGCUUCCAGGGCGGUGGACAUUCCCCCGACCCUGUCCCCUCGGUUGAAGCCAAUGAAUCCAGUGAUGAUGAUUCAGAUGACGAUUCCGAGGAAAGUGAGGAAGAGUAA